AUGUUCGGUGAGCCCACACCACCACCGAGACUUGGAAGAGUUAAUGCUGAUGACGGUGAUGUGGGCAUGCCGAUAAUCACAGAUAACGACAAUUGCGCUUAUAUCACA